UGCUACUGCGUCGAUUCUCAAUUUGAAGAAUAAAACUCGAUAAACUGAAAUAAAACACAAUAUCUUAAUGACAAAAUGAAAACAUCUUGAGAAAUAUUAAUUUUAUAUAUUUCUCUCCCUCAAAAUUCCGGAAAAAUAUAAAAUCGACUGUUAAAAAUAACGAGUUCAAAAAUAUCGAUAUUCAUGGAUAUAUCAGACGGUUCAAAUAUGAACUCUCAACCUCGAUGGUUGUAUACACACCGAAUCAGCUGAUCGAUGUACACAAACCUGACAAACAAUCACCAGGCGUCAUAACCUUCAGUCCUGGAAGAGAACACCUCAUCCCCAGAGGAUGGAGCCGAACGAGGGGAUGAUAGCAGUGCACGUGGGUGCGGGUCAGCAUUCGGAGUCACUGAAAAAAAAAUACCAGAAGCUGUGCAGACAGGCCUGCGAAUCAGGUGCAUCAACCCUGCGCUCAGGACUAUCCCCCCUGGAUGCUGUUGUGGCUUCGACGAUGGUUCUGGAGGAUUCACCCCUGACGAACGCAGGUUUCGGUUCGAAUUUAACUCUAAACGGUCAAGUGGAGUGUGAUGCAAGUGUAAUGGACGGUUCAAGACUGCUCUUUGCAUCAGUUGGAGCUGUCAGUGGCGUGAAAAAUCCAGUUCUCCUGGCGAAACGACUGUGCGAACACCAGACUGUGAAGAUAAGCCAUGGAAGAGUGCCUCCAAGUGUUUUAGUUGGGCCUGGUGCACACGCCUGGGCAGUAGAGAUGGGGGUUGAGACGAUUCCAGGGGAGGACUUGGUUUCGUCGAAGGCGAAAAAAAUUUACAAUCAUUACAAGAGAAAAUUGGAUGAUCCGGGAGGCGAGGGUAAGAUCUCCAGACCCAGACUGGACACUGUGGGGGCCGUUUGUGUUGACAGACUGGGAAAUGUCGCCUCUGCCUGCUCCAGUGGUGGAAUAAUCCUCAAAUCUCCUGGAAGAGUUGGACAGGCUGGAGUGUGGGGCUGUGGGGUUUGGGCAAAGAGUGGAAUGGUAUCCGUUGGGGCUUCGACGUCUGGAUGUGGUGAGCAUCUCAUCAGGACGACUCUUGCCAGGACGAUUGCUGAGGCUGUAGGGAAUAAAUUUCAAGGAAAUGGAGGGGAAUUUAUCAGAAUUCUGCAUGAGACUGUCGACAGGGAGUUCAUUGGCUCUGAAUUUCUCCAGGGAAUUGAUCAGAAGAUGGGAGGGGGUAUUGUUGUCAGGUAUGACGUCGACGAGGGCCUCGGGGAUCUCUUCUGGACGCAUUCCACGAAUUCCAUGAUCCUGGGGUACAUGAAUUCCAAGGAUGAGGCGGCUGUUGGUCUCGCCUCGGUUUUAGAGGCCAGUGAGGCUGGGAGAAAGGCUGUGGUACAGGGCGUGGGGUUUAAAUUCUGAGGGAUUUUUUUUGUAUUGGUUUAAUAAAGAUUUUAUUAAGGAUUUCA